ACACUGGCACGUUCGAGAGGCCGGUUAUCGUUACUCUCGCCAUGUCAGAGCAACCCUCGCAUCUGGGGGACGAAGUCACGCCGCUGCGUCGCUCGAAAGACUCUGACCAUACUUCAAGCCCUCAUUCUGAGCAGGAGCUCAAAAAUUAUAUUUCGGAACCCACUAGCGAAAACAACGCACAUGACAACGAUUCAGAUACGACAGGAACCAACUCGUCAGAUGAAUUUAACUGGGAUGAAGACGAUGAAUUGACAGGGAAUGGCAAUCAAGCCAGUCCGAAAGCCAGAAGAGGCAGAGCCCUCUGGCUUGCCUUCAUGAAACUGGCCAGACCUGUCCGGACGCUACUGGUGGGAGUAUUGGGUGCAGGCAUCCUCAUUUCUCCUCUCUUGGUCGUCGAAUUGAAGUAUAAAGACGAAAGUUCCGUUCGCCCCCAGGUUCACGCAUGGUCCCUCUGGUUGUCGAUUACAUGGGCAGCCGGUUGUGCUACAUACCUCGUCGUCGACGCCAUCCCCCGUCUAGCGAUAUCCCUCCUUGUUCUAUACGGCGCACAAGUAGAAAGUUUAAAGACGCAGAUCGAGCUCGCACUCGCAGUCUCUGGAUGGGUCAAACUUGCACUGGAUAUAUCUUGGGCUUGGAUAGCGCUGUCCGCUAUAAGAGCAUUUUACAAACCCCCAGGUUCAUAUUGGGUUAUCAUCAAUCGUGUUAUGCAGGUACUGUCGUAUUAUCCAACCUACCAUGGAGUUACUGCAACCGCACUUGUAGGCUCUUUUUACAGCAGGUAUAAUACUUCUCGCAGAAAAGCUGUUCCUACAUUUCGUCGCCAUCAGCUUCCAUCAGAAAGCAUUGGCAGACCGCUUGGCUGAGAACCGCCUGGGAUUGAAAACCUUGGACCGUCUUUCAAAUGCUCAGCCAACGCCCGCAAAAAAAGGUUCUUACGCUAAGAAAGGUCACAAAAGUGCCCUCAGUUCUUUUGGAACUUCUCUUGACCUUCAUGGAGUGC